AUGGACGAGAACAAAGCCGCUUUACUGAAGAGCCCACGGGCUUCAGUUGAAGUUGAACAGAUCCAAACAUGGGUGCCAGGGGCGGGAGAAGUACUGGUGCGGAACGAGGCCAUUGCUUUCAACCCAAUUGAGGCCAAAAUACAGAAAUGGGAAAUGUUUCAGAUUGAGUAUCCGGCAAUUCUCGGAUACACCUUUGGGGGAACAGUCGCCUCGGUAGGACCUAAUGUGGAUUCAGUGAAGGUUGGUGAUCGCGUGGCAGUUGCUUGUUGGGGUCGAGCAGCUGUUGAUAAGAGGUUUGGUGCCUACCAAAAGUACCCGUUGGCACUUGAGGAGAACGUCGUGAAACUAGACAGUCAAACCUCCUUGGAGGAAGGAUCUGGCGUGAUGGCCAACUUAGCGACUGUUGUUGCUGCGCUUUCUGUUUGUAUGAAACUCGGAUAUCCUCCAAUCAAUGGUAGGGCACCCAGGAAUGGCAAAAGAAUCUUCAUUUAUGGCGGUUCAUCUUCGGUCGGUGGUUUGGCUGUUCAAUAUGCAACCGACGCUGGAUACGAGGUAGUGACAACAUCAUCUCCUACCAAUUGGGACCUGGUGCAGCGACGUGACCCAUCCUACAUUAUUGACCAUACUACGCCAAAGAAUCGGCUCCUGGGAUCUAUUAAGGCAAAUGGACCCUACGACGGGAUAUUCGAUGCGAUUGGCUCCUCAGAAGUGACCGAACUUCUCGGCGACUUGCUCGCGGAAGAUGGUGGCCUUUUUUGGUCGACAAGUCCUACCCCAGCAGACCCACGCCUGCCAAAGAAUGUGAAAAAGGAAUGGGCAGGAUACUCGGAUCUCUUAGUCUCAAGGGAUGAGAACAAAGAUGCCAAAUUGUGGUAUCUUCAACAGUAUCUUCCCAUAGGGUUGUCUAGCGGCAGGAUCUUUUCAAACCCUUCUUAUGUAUUCCCAGGUGGGCUAGAGUCGGUACAGGAUGCACUUGACGCUUUUAUGGCCGGGAAAGUCAGUGGAAAGAAAGUCUUUGUGAAUCCACAGGAUCAACGGCAUUGA